GUCCCCGUUGCCGCCGCCGCCACCGUAGUCGCCGCUGCUGUCGCCGCCGCUGCAGCUGCUGUCGCCGCCGCUGCCGCCAUUGGAGUCUGCGCCUCGUCAGUGCGUCCCGUCCCGCGCCCGCCCGCGAGCGGCCCGCGCGCCCAGCCACCGCCGCCGCCGCCCGGCCGGCGCCCGGGGAGGAGGCGGCGGGCCCGGGGCUGCGAGAGCGCGGGUGACAGGCCCGGCCUCGCGGGGAGGCCCGAGCCGGCGGGCGCCCCGGCCCCGCACCGCGCCGGCUGUUCAUGAAGCAUGUCGGCCACCAGCGUGGACCCCCAGAGAACAAAAGGACAAGAUAAUAAAGUACAAAAUGGUUCUUUGCAUCAGAAGGAUACAGUUCAUGACAAUGACUUUGAGCCCUACCUUUCAGGACAGUCAAACCAGAGUAACAGUUACCCCUCAAUGGCCGACCCCUACCUGUCCAGCUAUUACCCACCAUCCAUCGGAUUUCCCUAUUCCCUCAAUGAGGCGCCAUGGUCUACCGGAGGGGAUCCUCCAAUCCCAUACCUCACCACCUACGGACAGCUCAGUAACGGAGACCAUCAUUUUAUGCACGAUGCUGUUUUUGGGCAGCCUGGGGGCCUGGGGAGCAACAUCUAUCAGCACAGGUUUAAUUUUUUUCCCGAAAACCCCGCCUUCUCGGCCUGGGGGACGAGUGGGUCUCAGGGGCAGCAGGCUCAGAGUUCAGCUUACGGGAACAGCUACACCUACCCGCCGAGCUCCCUGGGCGGCACGAUCGUGGACGGACAGACGGGCUUUCACAGCGACACCCUCAACAAGGCCCCUGGAAUGAACAGCCUGGAGCAGGGCAUGGUGGGCCUGAAGAUCGGGGAUGUCACCACCUCUGCAGUCAAGACGGUGGGGUCAGUCGUCAGCAGCGUGGCGAUGACGGGCAUCCUUUCCGGCAAUGGCGGGACGAACGUGACCAUGCCGGUGUCGAAGCCGACCUCGUGGGCGGCCAUCGCCAGCAAGCCCGCCAAACUGCAGCCGAAGAUGAAGGCGAAGAGCGGGCCCGCCGUCGGGGGCACGCUGCCUCCUCCGCCCAUAAAGCAUAACAUGGACAUUGGCACCUGGGACAACAAGGGGCCCGUGCCCAAGGCCCCGGCUCCGCAGCCCCAGCCGGCCCCCCAGGCGGCCCCCCAGCCCCAGCCGGCCGUGCAGCCCCUUCCCGCCCAGCCUCCCCCUCCGGCCCCAGCACAGCAUCCGGGCCCCCAGCAGCCGCCCCAGACCCGCUGGGUCGCCCCUCGCAACAGAAGCACGGCGUUCGGGCAGAGCGGGGGGACCAGCGGCGACAGUAACUCUCCCGGGAGCGCCCAGCCCAGCGCCGCCCUGAGCCCAGAGUCCCACCCCGUCCUAGAAAAACUGAAAGCCGCCCACAGCUACAACCCCAGGGAGUUUGACUGGAACCUGAAGAGCGGGCGCGUGUUCAUCAUCAAGAGCUACUCGGAGGACGACGUGCACCGCUCCAUCAAGUACUCCCUCUGGUGCAGCACGGAGCACGGCAACCGGCGCCUGGACAGCGCCUUCCGCGCCCUCGGCAGCAAGGGGCCUGUCUACCUGCUCUUCAGCGUCAACGGCAGCGGCCACUUCUGCGGGGUGGCUGAGAUGAAGUCACCCGUGGACUACGGCACCAGCGCCGGGGUCUGGUCCCAGGACAAGUGGAAGGGCAAGUUCGACGUGAAGUGGAUCUUCGUCAAGGACGUGCCCAACAACCAGCUCCGGCACAUCCGGCUGGAGAACAAUGACAACAAGCCGGUCACCAACUCCCGUGACACCCAGGAGGUGCCCCUGGAGAAGGCGAAGCAAGUGCUGAGGAUCAUCGCCUCGUACAAGCACACCACCUCCAUCUUCGACGACUUCUCGCACUACGAGAAGCGCCAGGAGGAGGAGGAGGUGGUGCGCAAGGAACGGCAGAAUCGAAACAAGCAGUGAGGACGAAGCAGCGAGCAUAAGAAACCACGAGUCAUCUGGCAUUCAGCGUGUUCUGUUCAAAUGCUUCCCUCCAAGAUGCCGAAGUCAACAGGCUGAUGACCACCUUGUCCGGCUGCUUUGCCGUUUCACCUGUUACCUGUCUGAGACGCUAAUCUGCCCAUUUGAUUUCUACUGGACAGAAGGAUAAAUUUCAGUCUCCCAGUUUGGUGAACCUGCUGUUUCCUUGGAACACGGGCCUUCCACAGCCACGCGCUCCUGGCGGCUGCUCUGCUUCUCUUCAGGCGGUGACCACCGGCCCGGGUGUGGAGGCCUUCCUCGUGGUGUGCAGGCCGUUCGCUCCCCCUUUUCUUCACUGGAGAGUCCUAAUGCCGUUUCACGUGUUUUUGCCAAUAACGCUAAGCUUUAAACCUGGGAUCUGGUGGUCCAGACGGUGUGAUGGAUGAUGCCACCGACUGUAAAUUUCAGCGUGUGUGUCUAGUUUUUUUCCUGUUGAAUGGGUACAAAAAAGCAAAACAACAGAAAACCUUUUAGAAACUGAAUUUGCUGUCGUCUCUUGUGGAACGAGGGGCCUCCGAAGCACUCGCCACGGGAGUUUGAGUCGGAGCAUGAAAUUGGUGUGCACGCCUGCCUGGCGCCCCGCACACGAGCCGGGCAGAGGCCUCCCGUGCGGAGCGCAGGUGCUUUCUGAAAACUGUACUCGUCAGGCCCUCCGAGUUACAGUUUAAGCCGUUUUACCUAGACUUGUAUUUAGAACGUGUCACUUUCUCUGAACUGUUACUGCCUGUACGGAGUCACAGACGACAUCGGAUAACUUCCUCUAGGAGAAUACAAGCCUUAAUAAACAAUACCUAUUUAGCAA